GCGUCUGGGUCUAAUAGUCUGUAUGCCAUCUCGAGGAAUCGGAAGGACUUCGAACCGUUUACAGACGACGACCAUGUAUUUGCAGUUGUACUGUUUGAUGCUUGUCAUCUCUGGGUCACAUGGAAAGGCACAUAAUGUAGCCCUAGGCGAAACCACAAUGCAGCUGCACGAUUUGGACAAGUUGAGUAGCAAUCUAGCCGUGGACGGGAACCUGAAUCAGAAUCAACCGGAAACACAGUGCAGUACGACCGUCGGAUCUGUAGUCAACUUCUGGAGUGUAGAGUUCGGAUCUCAUUCUAUAAGCCGUAUCGUUAUAUACGGACCAAACGACUCACGUGGACAUGAAACCCUGAGUGGAUUUAACGUUUUCGUAAAAAGUAAGGACAGCAUCGAGAAUGUCUAUAACAACACGGGCGUGGCAUACGGGUCGGGCGUAUUCACUGUGCUCCUAGAAGGAAAUGUUAUAUCUGCGGUAAACAUCACCCGUCCAAACAUUCUAACCUUGUGUGAGGUCGAGGUCUAUACAGUUUGUAAUGAAGACAUCAACGCUGAAAACACAUACUACGGUGAAGAUUGCCAGUCCACGUGCGGCAAAUGUUUAGAUGGCGCCGUCUGCAACGCAACCGGAUAUUGUCCUAACGGAUGUUCAGAUGGCUGGCACUCAGCCAAAUGUGACAUACCGUUUCAGACGGAAACGACAGCGUCCACAACUAAGGCAACACCACGAACAACAACACCAAAGACGACAACAAGACAAGCAUCAACACCCUCACUGACAACAACGCAUCCGACUAUUACAACAUCGGCGGUUCAACCAGGUGUUGUGCUAACCACUGCCGCCUCGGUCCCUGCAGUUUCUUCAUCUUCUUUGACUGGAAGUGCCACCACUGACGCUAACAUUACUGGAACAAGUAAUGCAACAACUGAGAUUCCACAAAACGCAGAGAACAGCGCCGUUGCCGGUGUCUGGAGAGCGUUGUCUUGGGUAAUGGUCGCAAUUUCAUCUGCAACUAUCCUGCUCUUGUAACUACAACACUCGCAUGUUUAUAAUUAUUACCGAAAGCGAUGUUGUAGUGAGGAAAAUAAACGCAUGAUAAUUUCAUGUAUGCAAAAACUUUUUUGCAUAAAUGUCGAACGUGUUUGACUUUUGCAAAAAUAAAAAAUUGCAAAGCA